AUGUCUAAGAACGAAGGAUCUAGAACUCUGGCACAAGUAGAAAGAUCGUGUGAGACAGGUAGAAAACGGCUGAUUGAUGAAAGAAAGCCAACUUCCAUAGUAUAUGACCCCUCAAAAGAAGCACCAUCCAGCUUGCCUCUGCAACUUUUGAGUUCAAAACAUUCUUGCACUUCUGAUAUAGAUGUUGAUUUGAUGCCUCUUCAUGCUGAACUUACAAGCAGUAGUCAGAAGAGCGCGACUGACCGCUCAGAUCGCCAUCAAGGCGGCUCUGCGUCGAGGUUCAAGGGUCGCUACAGUCAUGAUGGAAAGUUCGUGUUCGAGGCGCCUGAACAGCUAUCUCAGUCCUCCAGUGACCCUUCCAUAUGUGCCAUGAUCAAGGGAUUCCUCGGCCACCCUACUGCCGGCUCGUUGCGCGCCAGGGAUCACGAUCUCCUUUGGUAUGGGUCAACCGAAAGCAGCUCAGCAGGGGCCUCGAUUGUUGGUUACUCCUUCUUACACGAAGAGGCGACAGCAUGGCAUACACGAUCACGGGCAUGGUAUAGAGAAGCUAGAGAGUGUGUUUCUUUUGGAAGUUUGUACAUGGAAGAGACCGGACCGCACACCCAGACUAUACAGGAAUGGGUGCGCAGUCCAGCUCCACAUGGUAAGCUUGAAAGGGAGAACCAGCGACAUUUGGGAGCAGAGGCGAGAGCAGACGCAGGACAGAGAACGCUUGAUCUUACUGAUGAGACCGAUGGCCUUGGCCUUCAGCUUGAGGUAGAUGGAUGUCAUGACGUGAUGAACGAGUCAUCACGAAUUUGCCGAUUUGACAAGCAAGCAUCCGACCAUCUCUCGGACGCGUUUGCUCUUACUCAAACGGUUGUCCUGCAAUCACAACCGCUUACCACCAACCCUUUCGUCCCAAACGCAGCUCCUGUCUCAAAAUUGUACACCGUUCAAGGAAAAGAUAUUCUGCAAGUCAGCGAGGCAGUCACAGCGGCGAUCAAGAUGGUCCGAGAUGGAACGCACACGAGAGGGAGAGACCUGGUAUCUGUUAUCUGUGCUGUCCAACGUGCUGACUAUUACCAGAAUAUCACAAACCAUGCCGGUUCGGGAGCACUCGCCUUGUUCCCAAUGGAGACUUGGGUGCUCAUAUCCGAGAAUGUUGAGGAAAAAACCAUGCUCAAUUACCGUCUCGUGUGCAGUACACUGUCGAAGUCUGCACACAAGGCUUUCCUGCUCACAAGAUUCGCCACCAGAAGAAGUCUUCCAACUCGUAAGAGUCUGGAAAAACUACUCCACCUCCUCCGAAACGAUGAUUUCGGACCUUCCAUCGAAAGGUUGAUACUGGAACCUAUUCCAGACAACUACGGCAGAAAGAACAGGAAGUCCGAUUUCCUUUUCGUGCAUGAAGAACUCGGUUUCCACCAGAUCUUCAGCGCCAUCAAGGCUCGUGGGAACAAGGUAGCUCUGGAAUACGUAGAGAGCGAGACCACCUGCGAUUACCUGCGCCCUCGCCGCGGAAGCUUGACCUACGAGCUGCAUGGGCAAGCAUUCAAAGCCGACUACGAGUUCCGUGACAUCAGCGUCUCGGCUAUCGGAAGAUAUAGCCUCCCCGUGGCUGAAGCCGAGGAUAUCUUGUGGUGUCUCGCAAAGAAUAAGUCUACAAUACGGGCAACCCAUUACAGCAACAUCAUCACCAAUCCUGCCGCCCACUACAGCGACGUCUACAGCAACCUCACCGUCAAUGCCGCCGCCGCUGCCACCGCCAAUUUGCGCUACGCAGUCGACUAUACGCCUCACGACAAGGCCUUAAGCUUUCAAAAUGUUGGCAUGGUCUUCGAGCAUGUCAGGAACUUGCUGCAUGUACACUGCGGUAUCAGAAUCAGCAUCAGUAAAUGGAUUACCACCGACUUCACGAUCCACAAAUUGCAGCUUUCGCAAUGCACCAUCAGGGGCCCGGGCGUCCUUGAGCGCUUGCUUGAAAACAACCGUACCUCGCUCCAGGUCAUUGAAGUCGAAGAUGUGCACAUGGAGCUGUCCGACCAAUGGUGGCCAGGCCAAGUCGGUGAUGGCUGGCACUUCUGGGGCGACUUCUUGUACAUGCUUUCCGACAUGCCUGCCCUGAAAAGCGUCAAAGUCUCGAAGCUCCGAUACCUGCGUCAAUAUCAGCGGCUGGGCUGGAAGCCUGACGAGGUCAACCUCCCCAGAGGCGCCAAAGAGGUGGUCAUCAAGGGCAACAACUUCCGCACCGAGCUUGAGGAUCUUGCUUCGUUCGUCAUGGCCGCGGAUCAGCGCAUGAGAGCAGAGUGGCUGGCGCCCGACGCAGUAGAAGGACCGUCGAUGGUGGAGGCAGACCUCUGA